AUGUUGCGCUGUACACUGUUCUGCUCUGCGCUUUUGCUGGCCCGUAGUGUCUCCAACGCCAUUUUGUUGCGUGUGCCAAUGAUAAAGCGCAGUGACGAUGAGUUUGUGUUAUCCCUGCUGGCAAGCGUGCAUACGCUACAGCGGCCGGUCGUCUGGAGUCCCACCGCCGACGUGGCAGAGCAAGCUGCGGUCAUUAAAGAUGCUGCGAAUGUUAUUAUCCGUGACUUUCAGAAUGCACAAUACUAUGGAUCAAUCUCUCUUGGCUCACCUCCUCAACCUUUCUCUGUUAUUUUUGACACGGGCUCAAGCAAUUUGUGGGUGCCAGACAAGAAAUUUGGGUUCCAUAAUGUGUAUGAUCAUGAAAAGUCUACUACUUACAAGGCUAAUGGUACAGAAUUUAGCAUCAUGUACGGAAGUGGACCCGUAUCUGGAUUCUUGUCUCAGGAUACGCUGGAGUUGGGAGACCUUACAGUGACUGACCAGUUUUUUGCAGAAGUGAACGUGACGAAAGGCCUUGGUCCAGCUUAUUACCUGGGAAAAUUUGAUGGUCUCUUUGGUCUAGCCUUUGAUUCCAUUAGUGUUGACCACCUAAAGACACCAUUCCAUCGGAUGAUCCAAAUUGGGUUACUCGAUGAACCCGUGUUUGCCUUCUACCUCGGAGACCAGAAAAAUGGUGAGUUGACGUUUGGAGGGGUAGACAAGUCUCACUACAAGGGAGAAUUGGACUAUGUUGAUGUGACUAGUGCCACCUAUUGGUCGAUCAAGCUUGAUGCAGUCGAAACGAAAGGAAAAAAACUAACAAAUGUGGACAAAGUGAUCGUGGAUUCGGGGACAUCUCUUAUAGCGGGACCCAAGGACGAAGUGGCCACUCUAGCGGCCCUAGUGGGAGCGCACAAGUUUAUCAUGGGCGAGUACCUCAUCAGCUGCUCAGCUGCAGCGCCCGACAUUUCCUUCGUGCUCAACGGCAAGCCGUACACGCUGACCAAAGAUGAGUACACGCUAAAGAGCGGCCCCAUCUGUCUCUUUGCUUUCAUGGGCAUCGAUCUUCCGGCACCUGCUGGCCCGCUAUGGAUCUUGGGUGACGUCUUCAUGCGCAAGCACUACACUGUCUUCGACUGGGGCACUGACUCGCGCAAGCCGCGUGUCGGCUUUGCGCUUGCGGCGUAA